CUUAGGGCUGAGCUUGAAAGGAGAGAGGAACUCUAUGAUGUGAUCAUCGGAGACUUAGCAGAUCCAAUAGAAGGUGGUCCCUGCUACCAACUCUACACCAAAUCCUUCUAUGAAUUCACAGUUAAACCCAGACUCAGUAAGGGUGGCAUUUUUGUCACACAGGCAGGACCAGCCGGAAUCUUCAGCCACACAGAAGUGUUUUCUUGCAUCUACAACACUCUGAGGCAGGUUUUCUCACACGUUGUGCCUUAUUCAGCUCAUAUUCCUUCAUAUGCUGACACAUGGGGAUGGGUCAUGGCAUCAGAUUUCCCAUUGAUGCUGAAUGCUGAUGAAUUGGACCUCAGAAUCAAACUGAGGAUCAAAGGGGAGAAUAGAUAUAUU